CGUAGAGCUAUUUAUGAUAAAAACCCUAAAUUUUCCUGGAUCUGAGAAUGCUUCGAAAGAUUUCUGUGUUGAUUGCUUAUUGAUAGCAAUGGUAAUCGAAUUCUGCUGAAGCUUUGGCAUUUUUCUGCUGUUGUUUCUUCGAUUUUUUUAUAGUUUUAAUCCAUUUGAAUGUCUCGAAUCUGACGCCAUGAGGAAGAAGCUCGAUACCCGCUUUCCUGCUGCACGAAUUAAAAAGAUAAUGCAAGCAGAUGAGGACGUGGGAAAGAUAGCACUUGCAGUGCCCGUUUUAGUUUCUAAAGCAUUGGAACUGUUCCUGCAAGACCUGUGUGAUCGUACAUAUGAGAUAACUCUACAAAGAGGAGCGAAGACAAUGAACUCGUUGCACCUAAAGCACUGUGUACAAAGCUAUAGUGUUUUCGAUUUUCUGAGGGAUAUUGUUAGUCGGGUUCCAGAUUAUGGUCAUGGUCAUUCUGAUGGUGCUGUUGAUGAUAGAAAGAGGAGGAAACCCCUUGCUGAUGAAAGUAAUGACAUUGAUGAGAUGAAGAAGAGCAAGACGCAUGACAUGAGCCAUGGUAGCACUGGUAGAGGAAGAGGAAGGGGACGAGGACGGGGUCGUGGACGACCUGCUCGAUCAGUCGAAAAGGACAACUUCCAACCUAACCCCGACGUCGACCCUUGCACAUCUAUAGAGAACACGAACAAGAAUCCCAACCAAGAUGUGCACAUGGAGCCUCACAUUGAGCCUAGUGAAACACCAAAAGAAGUUGGCGAAGACAAUCAAACUAUCCAAAACAUCGAUCUUAAUGCCGAUGUCAAUGCCAGCAAAGACUCGAAGACUGUACCAGCAGCAAUGUCAGAUGUACCUGUAGAACCAGCCGAGCCUACUACUACCGAGUCCGAGGCUAAAGCAGCUGACGAAUUCCCUGCCUGGCCUCUCUCUGAUGUGGACAAAAUGGCAAUUGACCCUCUCCAAUAUGCACAUCUCAGCACAAGAGUAGACGAGGAAGAGGAAGAUUAUGAUGAAGAGGAGUAACCUGAUCGGCGGUCCGGCCGGCCAGCCUUGAAUGUGCUGAGAAAAACCUGUUAGUUGAAGCAAACUACAUAGGAAGGGAGGAGGUCAGUUUAAAGUAGGCAAAGAAAAUAAGAAGAAUCAGAGAUUGGAGUUCAAUCUGUUACAAUGGCCUAUGUAGUUCAUCAUUUUCUGAUUUUUUUUUUUCUUCUUCUUAAUGUUCUAAGUAAAUGAUUUAUCGAUCUAACAUUAGGUCUGUAGCUGUUGAAAAGUUAUAGCUUGUUCAUUAUGUAAUCCAUGUGAAGAGAGUUAACCUUGGUGUAAGGGUAGGACUGUACUCUUUUUUUCUUUUUUCUUUUCCCUUGUUGGAAGCUGAAAUAUGCUAAUUAAUUUACUUAAGAUAACCAUAUUUUAGUUGGUAUUCCAACAUUGAAUUC